AUGUGGACCAAAGAGGAUCUAGUUCGUUUUCAACAAAAUCUCUUUAUUAUAUCCAUUCCUAUUAUCAUCAUUACUGGCAACAUUGGUUCGAUUUUGAAUGUAAUCGUUUUCUCGGGCAGUACUAAACUCCGUACAAGCCCUUGCUCACUAUAUUUGAUCUUUUCUUCAAUUGGUUAUGCUGUUUAUUUGAACACUGUUCCUCUGCUAAGAUUUCUUCAAACUGGUUUUAAUAUCGAUCUAUCUGCGCAAUGGUCAUGGUUUUGUAAACUGCGUUUCUUCACUAUCGGCUUGUUUCUUAUGCUACCUCGAUCGUAUAUGUUAUUGGCAGCUGUGGACAGGUAUCUUAUGUGUAAAACAAAUCGUCAUUGGUUUUUACAUCGUCCGACGACGUGGAAAAUAAUAAUAAUAAAUUGUUUAUUUUGGGCAAUCGUUUGUGUUCAUGACUUGAUCUUUUAUGAUAUUCAAAUAUCGUCAAAUAGCACAGACCGUACUUGUACAUACCAACCGGGUCUAUAUUCGACAUUUUUGAGUUUCUAUUCCAUACUAAUCAAUGGAAUAUCAAUGCCGUUAUUAACAGCAAUAUUUGGCUUUUUAACACUCGGAAAUUUGAAGUCUCUUCGGAAGCAAAUUCAUACAAGUAUUAUCAAUGACUUCCAACGGAGGAGAAAAGAAGAAUGGCUUCUAUGUCGCAUGCUUCUCGUCCAAUUAUUUGCUACAAUUGUAUUAACCUUACCUAUCACAGUUGCUUUAUGUUAUAAUGGUUUAACACAAUAUCAGCAAAAAUCUUCAUUUCGAACAUUUGUUGAAAAUUAUAUCUUUCAAAUGUGUACUCUUUUACAGUACAUUAAUGCAGCGGUCUCAUUCAUUGUUUAUUCGUUAACAUCUCGAAUAUUCUGCAAAGAACUAGUUUUGCUCGUUAAAUAUUAUAAAGUUCGAAUUCGACAAGCUCUUCGGAAACAUUCAGCAGCGCUUUUUGCACGACUGACUCAUUCUUGUAUACUCGGGUUGAAGGUGAUGAUUCAACGAUCUGAAUUAGUCGCCUAUUACAUUCACCGUGGUUAUAUCGAUACGAGUGAUCCUGAAACAUUUUCCAUGGAAUAA